UCGGACAACCUAUAGUUCCGCCACUGAAUAAAUAUGACACUAACCUAUAUACAAUAUAUUAAACGCCACUUUAUAUGCCAUGGAUAUUAUGCUCCAUUGCUCCGUAAAGUGUUGUGGAAUUUUAAGCGUGUAGAAAUUAAUAAAAUAAACCGACCUAGAGAAUAAAAAAAAUCUGCGUUUUUCAAUAAUAAUGAACAACCACUCUUCUUGACAGCAGCAGUAGCAGCAUUUCACUGUAUACAUAUAUCCGGAAGCGGAUUUUCAAUCAUGGUGAAAUUUCAGUAAUCCUUUCUGUUUCAGUUAUGGUGGUGUGUGCCAAUCCGUUAACGGUCAGAGAAAUACUGUUGGCCGCCGAUGAACUCAACAUGAUUGAUAGUGGAGAAUACGUGUUUUUCAACAUUGAGCUGUUCAGCAGCCUGAACAACGGAUCCUUGACGCCGUGGUACGUGGGCAACGAUACAGCAGAGCGGAACGAGCGGGCGAAAAACGCGUACAGCGCACUGCUAACGGUGACGGCACGUGAGCCCAACAACGAAGCGUAUCGCAACUUUUCCGUCGAGGUGAAACGCGUAGCGGAGGAGAAGUACAAUUAUACGUUUGGCAACGAGUCCGUUUCGACGUUCGUGACGGCGUUCUACGACGCUGUGUUGCUGUACGGGCUGGCGCUCAACGAGACGCUGGCCAGGGGCGGCAACCAGUCCGACGGGACGGCCAUCGUCAAGGCCAUGUGGAACAAGACGUUUACCGGCAUCACGGGCGACGUCAAUAUCGACGCGAACGGCGACCGGAUCGCCGACUAUUCGCUGCUCGACAUGGACCCCGAGACCCACAAAUUCAAGGUAUAUACGUCGAUUUAAGGUUAUAAUAAUAUUAAUUUUUUUUUUUUUUAUUGAUCAUGAAGCCCGGGGCAACCUUGGCUAUUAGCUGUUAGUUUUUGUUUGUAGAGGAGGAAUUGUAGGUUAGUAAACACGUGUGUUUUUGGUUUGGCAAAUUUUUAGUGGUAUCUGCCAUGCCCGGAUGGGGGAUGUUGGCACUUCUUUCCGGACACCAUGACUAGCUCGAAGAAAAAUGCUGCCCACGGCCGGAUUCGAACCGGCGCCGGUGUGCGUCGCAACCGACACCUUAAUCCGCUCGGCCACUCCGUCCCCGGUUUUAAUAAUAGUAUUAAUAGGUACUAUAAUAGUAAUAAUAUGUUGCGGGCGGGAUACGAUGUCUAUAUACUAUUUUGUUUUCGCCUCUGAUGACCUACUAAAUUAUACCCAAUGGGGUUGCGCGCUACAUUAUAAUAUUGUGCUUAUACGGUAAUCAUGGGUGAGAACUUAUAAUAUUAUGUUGUUUUUGCAACGAUAAAAAUCACGUACUGCAGCUUCGGCUGAUACGCUAUUUUUCGCGUUUGACAUAAUGUCGAGGGUGAGAUUUGUAUAGAAAAUCCAAUCUAGUUACGUUAGGGAGGAGGUGUUGAAAGUGGGAAAUUUCCAGUACUUUUAUUAAUAAUCGCGGUGACAGAUAGCUGGAAAACGGGAGUGUUUACGCAACACCUGCAGUUUACAACAAAAUCGAUUUCAUUGUUUUGUCGAUGUUUAGAGUGGACCUUGAGGACUAGAAACAUUUACCAAACUAUGUUUAUUCAAGCAUUAAUUUUUAGUCGAGACACAAUUUUUGAAAACAUUGGUUUUUGGGGAUAUUUAUUUAUAUAGAUAUUUUAUAUUGUCAUUUUUUUGUUUUUCAGAUAUAAUCUAUAUAGAAAAUAAAUUACUAAUUUUAACAUAAAUAUGUUAUAGCGACUUUCCUUGUGAGUAGAGGCCUCUAAAUCGCCUUGACUUAAAAUCGUUUUCCUUAUAGGUACAAGGAUAUGUUAUCAUUACAUUUUAAAUUUAACACAUCAAUUAUUACAAUGACGAAAUACACUUUAUGUGAAACUUACAUAAUACACCAGAGUAUCGAGUUAUAUGUUUUUUUUUUUGUUUUGUACCUAAUGGCAAUAAGUUACAACAAAUUUUAGUGAUAAAUAUAAUUUAUUAAAAUUGCAUCAAUACCGAAUUAGAUGUAUCACUUAUUGACACGAAUACACAAAUAUGACUUAAGCAGGGGAGGGUCUAGAUCUGGGAAUCCCUUGCCCUGGCAGUGGGGCCACUCUAUAUAUACAAUAAUGGUUGAUGAACUAUAUGAAAGUUCAUUAUGGAAGUAUAUGGUUGUAGGUUAUGCAGAUCUGCAGCGUCUAUUGGAACAAAAAAAGACACAUUUUUUCUACUUAGACGAAGUGAAACCUAAAAAAUCAACUUUAAUUUGACAAGACCUUUUUUUUCUCUGUCCAUGACUGACAGUACGUAUAAUAUAUUAUCAUGUUGUUUUUAGUCCAACGAGAACUGACGAUCAGCUAGAGGAAUAAUAACUUUAAACUAUUAUUCUUUCACCUAAAAUCAAAGUUGAAGGAUAUUUAUAAGAUUUAUGAACUUUAAUAUUUUAAAUGUCUCGAAAUGUUAUGUGUAUGUCAGUAUGUUUCAAAUAUUUCAAUGUAAUACCAAUAUUGUUGAUAAUUUUUUUUUUAAAUAAUGAUAUUGAUAUUGAAUUUGGUGGAAUAAAAUUAAACAGAUAAUAACAAUUGAUAAGAAAAAUACAUUACUGGUGUAUAACAUUCAGACUUUCAGACUGAUACAUUUUGGUAACUAUAAAAAACAAUUACUUUUGUAUUCUGCGUAUAGUAUAGGUACCUAUGCGUCUGAUGUUUCAAGCUUUAUGCUUCAUCGGCCACAUUGGUUCACUACAGCUGGUAUCAAAUUAAUUUUUGAAAUGUCCGAUGAACCUCUAAACACACCUAGGGUACCGUAAGCAAUUGCACUAAUUAAAAUUGUCUUAAAAAAAACACGGUUAUAGGAAAAACUCAAAUAUCUAAAAGACAACUACCGUAUCGUUAUUACUAUUUUGUACACCUAUCGAAGAAUGAUUAAAAUAUAGUUUGUAUGAGUAAACGGAUGUUUAUGUAAAUAUUGUAAGGUAUUAUUAAAAUACGACUACGGCGAAUAUACCCUUCGAUGUUUUGACACACUAUAAUAAUAAUAUAAUAUCCAACGGUGCCUCUUUGACGUCUUUCAUUACUCGCCGACGGUGGUGACGACGCCGUGUCACAUCAAAUAAUAUAAUAAUAUGACAGUCGUCCGUGAUUGUUUAUUUGUCUGUCGUCUCAAAUAAUCGAUAUGGAUAUUAUAUCAUUGUAUCUUGUUACGUUUUGCAAUAGUACGUUGUGUGUUCUUUAAAUUAAUUGUCCUAUAAUUCUAUAAAACAAUAACAAAAAAACAGUUGAAACGGUUGUUCAAUGCAAUUAACACAACGUCGAGUUUUAUAGAUUUCAGCUUUUUUACGCCGAAUUUCUCGCUUUGUUUUGUGUUUACUCGUUUAUCCAUCAAAUAUAUAUGGGUACACGAAUUCCAUUGUCCCCACAAUAAUGAGUACCUAUAAUAUGUACCUACACGAGACCAUCAUUCAUCCGUGUUACAAUGUCAACAAUUUGGAUUUAUCAUACCCAUACUAUCGGAUAGUGAUUUCAACAAAAUAUUAUUAUUUAUUAUAGGCACGCGUACAUUGUUUAGUCGAUGUCGUACCGCGUAGAUUAAUCGCACUAAUAAUUUUGCCGGUACAAAAACCACAUGGUCACAGUAAUAUUAGAACAUGUCGUCAGAAUAGUCAGUUUCUUUAGGUUUUUCAAUAAUGUAUCGUAUAUUAUAAAGCAUUGUAGGAACUACUGAGUAGAAACAUCUGAUUGAAUACAUUUUUUCUAUGAAAAAAAUUAGGAUAAGACAUACAAUAAUAUAUUUAAACUGUAACUCUAGACCAAAAUGCGUGGGUGUGUCCUAAAUUUAAAAUUAAUGUAAUAACUAGUCAGUAUAGUCACUAAUCAUCAAUGUAAAAACGUUUCGACAACCUCUAUAGUAGGUAGGUACUUGUGUGUUUCCUUAUCACUAUAGUAAUAAUAUAUAUCACUUGCAUUACACCGAAAACACCAUAUUUAUUUUCAAUUCAGACGUAUUUACUGAAUAGCAAAGCAACUACUAACACUAACCCUGCAAUGGUAUACUCUAUUCAGGAUAAUAAUGCCUAAAUUUGCGGAUGAAUACUAAUAACUCAGCCACUGGAAUAGUUAACUUAGGUAAGGUUAAUAAAUGCUAUUUAAUAUAAGAUAAAUUCCGGUGACUUAGUAUUUGGGCAUUUUUAUCCUGAAUAGAGUAGGUAUACUAUUGUAUAAAAUAAUACUAUUUAAUUGGACUGUAAAGAUUCUCAGUAUUUUUGGAACCAUAAGAGAAUUUAUUAUACUUUACG